UACCACAUCAUCCUAAACUUUCGCACCUAUAUUUUUCCCAGAAAAAGAACUCCUUCAUUUUCCUUCCUAAGAAAAUAAACACACACCCAAACAUACAUACACAUAUGAAAAAGAAAAACCUGCCAUGAAUGCUUCAACCAAGCUUGGCAUAGCUCUCCUCGUUAUCUUCACAACAUGCCUUUUCGCUCUUCUCUUAGAGCUGGUUUACGUCCUUCAGCGAAAACGUCAACCAUUAAUCGUCAGCGGCGGCCCCGGUGUAAUCAGCUCUAAGGAACUACUGUACUUCUUCUGCUGCAAAAACAAACCAACCCGUGUGGAACCCUCCUCUGGGGUAGUGUCUACGACGCCAACGGAGGCUGCCACAGCGGUGGAUUCGGAGGCAGCCACCAUGGAGGAAGAAGAGUACGAGUUGGCAAAGUGGCAUGAGGUGUACGGACAAUCGAGGGUUUUGUAUACGAUAAAAGAAGGUGAAAGAGAAGGAGCUGACAGCGUCGAGACAUCUAGUGGUCAGAGUGAAACGAAAAGCGAGAAGAGGUUUUGUUUGUCGGGUCGGGUCGAAAUGCCCAAUGACGUGGCGGUUGUUGUUGAUGUGGGGGAAGAGGAAGCGACGCCCUUCUCAACGCCCAUCUCUUCGCCUUCUUACUUUACUCCUUCACCUUCUCCUGGUCGUGAUGUUGCGAUUUCGAUAUCGUCACUGGAAAAUGAUGACAUAAGAUCGUCGGAGACUGAAAGACCGGAAAGCGGAACUUUCAGUUUAAGCAGCGAAGGCGAGUAAAUUUUACUUCGCUUAAUUUACAUUGAAUAGUGAUCCAACUAUUCAAUUUGUUUUAUUUUAGCUACUCAAUUAUUAAUUUUUUAAAUUUAAUCAUUUAAUUUUUCAAAAUUAAAUAUUUUAGCCUUUCUUUUAUUAGUUGCCAAAUGAACCUGGUAACAAUUUUUUUAAAAGAUUUUUGUACCAAAAUAACUUUCAACUAUAUAUUUCACUUUGUUUUUCUUUU